AUGCCGUCGGACCUGAGGCCAGAGUACGGAGCCGCUGGAGGAGGUCGCGUGCAUUCUCCCCUACUGGGAGCGCGCAAGGCAGACGAAGCCGGGUCGCCGCGAGCCCCCCUGAGUAGACGCUCCACGUUCCAUGAACGGGAUCCCGAAUCGCAGGCCAAAUAUGAGACUCGGAAGAGAUAUACCUAUGCGGGGAUAUUCCUGGUGCUGAGCCUGGUGAGCUUUGUCGUGCAGACGGAGACGGCCGUGUAUAUUCAGCACGAGUUGAAGUGGGAGAAGCCGUAUUGCAUGCUAUACAUGACCCACGGCAGCUGGAUCGUCCUCUGGCCGACCCAACUCCUCCUCCUCCGCAUCCAGAAAUGGGACCAACCCUGGGCCACCUUCUGGCGCCGCCACGUCCAACUCCUCCGCCAAACCGCUUUGAUGGUGCAGCACCGCACGCUGCACCCGUCUCCCCGCCAAUCCCAAGUCUCUCCCGUCCCCUACAUGCUCAAAAUGACCGCCUUUGUUACCUGCGCCCUCACCGUCGCAGGCGGCAGCUGGUACGUCGCCGUCAACAUGACGACCGCCAGCGACUUGACCGCCAUCUACAACUGCUCCGCCUUCUUCGCCUACGCAUUCAGCAUCCCCCUGCUGCACGAGAAAGUCCGCUUCUCCAAAGUCGUCGCCGUAGCCGUCGCCAUCGUCGGCGUCUUCGUCGUGGCCUACGGCGACAAGACCCCGCAGAAGCAGGGCGGCAUCUCCGGCGGCGGGGGUGGCGGAGCGUCGCACGACGACAACAGCAGCGCCCAGCAUGACGGCAAGAUGCGCGCCUUGGGGAACAUGGUCAUCGGCAUUGGCAGCGUGCUGUACGGGUUCUACGAAGUGUUGUAUAAGCGGCUGGCGUGUCCGCCGGAUGGAUGUAGUCCGGGCAGGGGAAUGGUGUUUGCGAAUACGUUUGGGAGUCUGAUCGGGGCGUUCACGCUGGGCGUGCUUUGGAUCCCGUUGCCCGUGCUGCAUUAUCUUGGGUGGGAGGAGUUUGCGCUGCCGAGAGGGGAGCAGGCGUGGAUGAUGGCGGUUAGCGUUUUGGCGAAUGCGACCUUCUCCGGAUCUUUCCUUAUCCUCAUUUCCCUCACUUCGCCGGUGCUCUCUUCGGUGGCCGCGCUUUUGACCAUCUUCAUCGUCGCGCUCGUGGACCAGCUCCUGCCUCCUCCGCUGAACUCGCCGCUCACGCCCGCGGCCAUUGUAGGCGGUUUGCUGAUCAUUGGCGCGUUCAUCCUGCUUAGCUGGGCUACGUACAAGGAGAUGGACGAGGAGCGGCGGAAGGAAUUGGAGGAGGACGAGAGCGACAUUGACGAUUGA